GCUAACACCACAACUAUAGAAACCUCAUAUAUUUGCAUCGCCGUCUCCCACAGAAAGCAGGAACCCUCCUUGCGAACUAUGGAGAAGAGCCGGGUCCUCGUUGUGGGCGGCACGGGCUACAUCGGCAGGCGCAUCGUGAAGGCGAGCCUGGCGCAGGGCCACCCAACGUUCGUCCUGAUGCGGCCGGAGAUCGGCCUCGACGUCGACAAGCUCCAGAUGCUUCUGUCCUUCAAGGCCCAAGGCGCGCGCCUCGUGGAGGCCUCGCUCGACGACCACGCGGGCCUCGUCGCCGCCGUGGCGCAGGUCGACGUUGUGGUCUCGGCCAUCUCCGGGGUGCACUUACGCAGCCACAACCUGCUGCUGCAGCACAAGCUCGUGGAGGCUAUCAAGGAGGCUGGGAACGUCAAGCGUUUCAUACCAUCGGAAUUUGGCAUGGACCCAUCGAGGAUGGGGCAUGCUCUUGAACCAGGAAAGGUUACGUUUGACGAAAAGAUGGAGCUAAGACGGGCAAUAGAAGAAGCUAAAAUUCCCCACACCUACAUUUCUGCUAAUUGUUUUGCUGCUUACUUUUGUGCUAACCUCGCCCAAAUGCGCACUGUCUUGCCGCCAAAAGAAAUUGUUCAGGUAUAUGGAGACGGGAACGUCAAAGUGAUAUUUGUGGAUGAAGAUGAUGUGGGAACGUAUACAAUCAAGUCUGUUGAUGAUCCUCGCACAUUGAACAAGACAAUAUACCUAAGACCAAAUGAAAACAUCCUCACUCACAAUGAGGUGAUCGCAAAAUGGGAAAAGCUCUCUGGAAAAGUUCUUCAGAAAAUCCACAUUCCUGCUGAUAAAUUCUUGGCUUCAAUGAAAGAUGUGGACUUUGGCACACAAGUUGGAAUUGGACACUUCUACCACAUUUUCUACGAGGGCUGCUUGACAAACUUUGACAUUAAGGAUGAUGAAGAAGCUACUCUGUUGUACCCAGAGGUUCAGUACACCAACAUGGACGAAUACAUGAAACGAUAUGUGUAACUACAACCUUUGUUAAAUUAUUGGUGACCUAUCGUAUAAUAUCGGAAUCCGUCAAAACUAUGUUUGGAUUUUGGAAAUAUUCUGUCUUACAUCAUGCAUUGACGCAUGCUACUCCAACUGUAUGUGACAAGACAUUAAGUAUGUAACAAUUCUACGUGACAAGACAUUGAUUUGUUUUCCUGCAUUUCAUCUAAAUGGCCAUUCAAGUUGUUUUUUU